AUGUCCCACCGCCUCGGCCGCGUCGUCAGCGACCUCAGCCACAGCAACUCCCGCCGUGAAGCAGCGGGCCAGCAUGGCCUCCGCCACCACCAGAGCACGACCACGGCGAGCAACACCGACGGCCGCGGCAACGCCGGCAGGACCAGGCAGAGGCUCGCGUUCCUCUUCUCCGGCGUUGUCGCCUGGACAAGGAGCGAGAGCAGCGGCGAAACGGGCAGCAGCAGCAGGGAGAAGAACAGGAAGCAGCAGCAGCAGCAAACUGUCAGUGGCGGCGGAAGAGCCGGCGCCAGGCGCCGAGGCCUCGACAUAGUCCUGGCGCUGCGGAAGUACGUGUCGAUGGUGGAGCAGCUCUUCGCGUCCUACUCCGGCGGCGGCGGCAGCGCCCGCCGGGACGGGGACGCGCGGGACGUGCGGCGGCGGAGGCCGCACACGUUCACCUACGCCCACGGCAGCGGCGGCGGCGCCUCACCGUCGUCCAGCAAGCGGCACAAGCAGGGGAGACUGUCGUCGGCGCCCGCGUCGCUGCGGGGGUCGCCCGCCAACAGCGGCCACCUCGCCGUGGGGGAGUCAGUGGCUCGUAAGGCCUCGACGCCGUCGGAGGUGAGCACGAUGGAGGAGCUCCACAGCGCCAUCCAGGCCGCCAUCGCGCACUUUUCUGAACUUUUUGUACGAUAG